UCAUCUUCUGUUCACGCAUCUGGAAGAUCCUAGCCAGCAGCCAUGGUUGACGAUGAGCUGUCUGCCUUGGUAGUAGAUAAUGGGUCGGGGAUGUGCAAGGCAGGGUUUGGGGGUGAUGAUGCACCCCGGGCUGUGUUCCCCUCCAUGGUGGGGCGUCCCCGACACCAGGGGGUCAUGGUUGGCAUGGGCCAGAAGGACUGUUAUGUAGGAGAUGAGGCUCAGAGCAAGCGAGGCAUCUUGACCCUGAAGUAUCCUAUUGAACAUGGGGUUGUCACCAACUGGGAUGAUAUGGAGAAGAUCUGGUACCACACUUUCUACAACGAGCUGCGUGUGGCACCGGAUGAGCACCCUAUUCUUCUCACUGAGGCACCGCUCAACCCCAAGAUCAACCGGGAAAAGAUGACUCAGAUAAUGUUCGAGGCUUUCAACACACCUGCCAUGUAUGUAGCCAUCCAAGCCGUGUUGUCCCUCUAUGCUUCGGGAAGGACUACGGGUAUCGUGAUGGAUUCUGGGGAUGGGGUCACUCACACUGUGCCCAUCUACGAAGGCUAUGCUCUGCCCCACGCCAUUCUACGACUAGACCUGGCAGGCAGAGACCUGACCGAUUACCUCAUGAAGAUCCUAACAGAGCGAGGCUAUAACUUCACCACCACUGCUGAACGGGAGAUUGUGCGGGAUGUCAAAGAGAAGCUGUGCUAUGUGGCCCUGGACUUUGAGCAGGAGAUGGUCACUGCAGCUGCUUCGUCCUCCCUGGAAAGAAGCUACGAGCUUCCUGAUGGGCAGGUGAUCACCAUUGGGAAUGAGCGCUUCCGGUGCCCAGAAGCCAUUUUCCAGCCUUCCUUUCUAGGCAUUGAGUCCAGUGGGAUCCAUGAGACAACCUUUAACUCCAUCAUGAAGUGUGAUGUGGAUAUUCGCAAGGAUUUAUAUGCCAACACUGUGUUGUCCGGAGGCAGCACCAUGUACCCCGGCAUCGCCGACAGGAUGCAGAAGGAAAUUGUAACCUUGGCACCAAGCACCAUGAAAAUCAAGAUCAUAGCCCCUCCGGAACGCAAGUAUUCUGUUUGGAUUGGGGGCUCCAUCCUAGCCAGCCUGUCCACAUUCCAGCAGAUGUGGAUCAGUAAGCAGGAAUAUGAUGAAGCUGGUCCUCCUAUUGUUCAUAGAAAAUGCUUCUGAACGGGCUUCCGUGUCCCUUUUUUCUAGGUCACAAUACGGUAUCCA